AUGCUGGGGACACUGAUGACAGCACUUUAUUUCAUGGUGAAAGCAUUGGGUCAGGUCAGUACUUCUUUCAUUCUAGAGCAAGGCCUUAGGAAGUAAUGGCAGAAAGCAAAGCAGAAGAUGGUUCCCUUCCCUGUGGUUUAUUUGGGCAUGGGAGGGGGGAGUAGUUUUGCUGUGAUGUUACCAGAAAGGAGGGUGCCGGUUCCACCCAACAUGGUAUUCCUGAAAGCUGGAGCUCGAGGCUUCAUUCUAGGAAAUUAAUCUAUUGCAAGCUGGGUGUUGCCCAGCAGUACCAUGUGUGAUACCAGCAGAGGAGCAAGUGAGGCAGCUUGAUUUGGGCUGCUGAGGUGGGGGGCUCCAGCAGCUGCAGGGCCAUGCCACCUCCUUACUGGAGCUUUUGCACAAACUGCAAGCCUCUGGCUGGCCCAAGCAGCACCUUCCAAGUUGCAGGAAGCAGAGUUUGCUGUUUCUCAUCUGGAUGACUUGCUUCAGGGUCCUGGCGCUGCCUUGAGGCCCAACUUCCCUCUCGUCUGGCUCUAAAUCCCGUGCAGGUGGGCUUGCCUGUGUGGCCCAAGAGGAGGCUCUGCCAGAGAGGCCUUGAGGUGCUGGGCAAGCCACUAGGGGACCCUUUGUUGUCAGGAAUCGAUGCUGAAAUUGCAGUCCCAUAGAUGGUAGGGCUGCUUCUAUUUUCUGCUGCACCAGGAGAUUUCUGGAGUGGGCAUUGCGGUUGCUUUGUCUUCUGAAACAUGGGGGUCCCUCAUGAUAGUGACACCUGUAAAUGGAUAAAAGUGGAGGGGGUAUGUUGGAGGGGAAGGGACAAGGUGGAGCCCUGGUCUCACUUAAUACGAACCUGUACUCUUCUGCCUUCUGCCCAGCUUGGCAACAGCCUGUUCCAGGAGGAGCCGCUGCCCUACCUUGUCCACCAGCCCUUGCCAUGGCAGGUCCAGUGUGUGACUCCGGGUCGCCGUGCCAGCAGAGACAGUGGGGUAGGUGUCUUUUCCUACUAGUGACGGCCACUGGAGGCUUUGGAAAUGAGCAUGGCUGUUCCCUUUCAAACUUGGGUUGGCUCCUCUGUCUGAUGAAGAUGGAUGCAAAGAGAAGGGCAAGGGAGACAAAGGCUCAGUUCCUGGAAAGGUGUCGGGAUAUUUGGAGGGAAAUGCUGCAAAUGAAAGCUAAGAGGAGGAGGAGGAAUAGGCCCUCUUGAGGGGAGGGGGCUACAGAAGAGGAAGAAGUACAGAAGAGGAUGCUGCUGGUUGCAGCACAGUAGCUAUUGUGGCUCCCCCCCACCCCCCUUAAGGCAGUUCUUAAGGCAGAAUAUGGAACUGUUCAUGCAUGAAUAUGCAUGAAGACUCUCUUGGUCCAUGUUGCUGCAGCAACAGUGAUUUUUAACCCUGAGCAAAAACCAGACCAAACCCACUUGGGUCUUGUUUCCAGCUUGCUUGAAACUUGUACUCAGCAGUUGAUGCUGGGAUUGCUUCAAUAACCAGACUUAAUAAAGGGAAGUGCCACCAGAGGCCUCUCCCCGGGGUCCCUUUGUAACAGGGUCAAACUAAUUCAUGCUCAGGAACAUCUGUUAUCAGCAGCUACUACCCAGGUUGGUGGCAUGCAGCUUUUCGGUUGCUAAAUGCUGUGGGGUCAUACAAUGGGGGUGGGUCUUUUCAUCUUGCUCUGCCUGUGAACUUCUCUGGAGCAUGACUGGCCAGCAGUGAUCAUGCUGGCCCCUUUGGCGGAGCACCACAGUCCCCCCCUUGUCUGUCUGUUUAGACUUUGCUUCUUCUUUCCAGAAAGGUGGGUGUUCUCGGCAGAACAAUAUCUACGGGGUCGCAGGACGAAGAGGUGAGAGUGCUGCAAACUCAAGGUCAACAGGCACUGAGUGCGGGGAUUUCUAACUAGCCUGCCACUGUUUUUGGUGUAUGAAGGAGCCUCUCUUUAAAUAAAAAAUAAAAAAGCAGGCACCCCACCCCCUCCACACACACACUGCUUUCCUCCAGCAUUUAUCUCAAUCAGUGGAUCUGUUCAGACCGUGCUGGAUUCUUCCCCCACCCCCAAACACACACACACUUUGUGCAUUCAGAUGCUUCCCUCCUCCAUGAGACAUCUCCCUGCCUGCCCUCCAAUGCCCGUGGCCACACCUCACACCCCCUUUGGUAUAGCUGGACAGUUUGCAGCCAUGGUUCAAAGUCAUGUCCUGAGCAAAUAGGCUUUUCAUGUUGCUAUUCUCAGUGCCUCUUGCAUGAUAAUCGGAUUAGAGGUGGUGAGCUGGAAUGGCAGGUGCAGAGAAUGCACUCUUUUUCUGCAAGUGACCAAAUGAGAUUAAAUUUGUAAUGUCCACAGAGAAAAUUAAAGAGUAGGGUUGUUGUUCUUUUAACAAAACACUGGUGAACAAGCUAGUCAGGUCUCUUGAGUUGAUGUCACUAAAUUCCAUAUUUUUUCUCCCCCUUCCCCCUUGAUAGUGGGUGAUUACUUCUGCUCCUGCCAUGCUUUGGCGUGAUGGGCUUUUUGUGAAGUUGCAUAUUUUUUUAAGGGAAGGGGCCUUGCUACACUGAUAACUGCAUGGGCGCAGGGAGACUGAGUGCAACAUGGGUGCAACAAGGCAGGGCUUGGAGUCAAACACUUUGCAGGAAACAACCUUUGUCCCCAGAAGAAUGAUACAGACCUGGCUUUGAGUGAUCACUCCAAAUUGGAGUGUGGUCUAUAGAGGAGUCUAUUCUACUUUGGCAUCCCGCAUCGCACAGCUACCUUGUACAAGAAGCCAAGGAGGCAGCCCUAUGCCAUGAACUAGGCUGCCCACACCAUAGUAGACUUGAGCUCAGAAUAGGAAAAGGUGAGAGGAGCUUCUUUGCUUGGCCAAUUGCAGCGUAGUCUCUGCACUAGGUGGAAGCAGCUAUACUACUGAAGGGCUUUGCCAGAAUGUCUCCUUCCCAAAACAAGCCUACCUUCAGACACCGGGAGUUCACUAAUUUUUUGCAGAGUGUUGUCUUUUAAUUGAUUUUACCUGUUUGUAUUUUGUCUGGUUAUUAAGUUGCUUUGAGAUUCUUUUGUGAAAAGCAACAAACAGAUGCUUAAUAAUAAUAACAACAACAACAGUAAUAUAUUCUGUACAGCUGGAGGUGGGAAGACGCUUAAGGUAUUGCAUUCCAGGCUUCCCCUCCCCUCUUUUGGGGGGAAAGCACAAAGAGCACCUGCUUUGUGUUUUUGCUUUUCUCGGCAGCACCAUCUGCUCCUAAUACACGUGGCUGUGCAGUUCAUGCUGCAGAUCUGCAGUCUGGUGGGGGUGGUCUCCAGUCGCCUUCUGGUAUUAGAGCCCUCCUCACCUCAGGUGCUAAAGUUGGAGGCCUCCCAGCCCCACAGAUCACACAUGAGCACACCACCUUUUCUACAGCUGUCUCUGGGGCCUAGCUAUAGCCUAGAAAAACACCUUCAACCAUGACGUUGAAGGGGAACUUGGAUAAGCACCCAUUCUUUGCAAGGACAGUGACCGACAUAAGCAUUACACUAAAAUGCUCUGCUCUGUCUGCCAUCUCGUUGCUUUGCUACCUCCAUUGUGUCACUUGCAGGGUGAGGGUGUUCAGCCAACAUCUCCCGAGCCAGACAGUUUUAGGCAGAGAGCAGCUUUCCUGUAGGGUAGCUGGCUGGGAGAUGAUGCACACUGGUCAUUGUGUGAGGCAAGAGUAGUGCCUUGGACUUUCAGGGACAUCUCAGCAGCAGGGGCAACCCACUGCAUGACCUCAGCAUUUCAGUUUACAAGGACAGCCUGAAUGCUGCAGGUGUUGUCUCGCAGGAGCAAGGGCGGUCCAUGAUCUUUGGCAAGCUCUCACUGCAGACAUGCUCCCAAGCGCAUGGAUCCUGUGGGUGGGAAGCUCAAGUAAUCAUUACCAUGAACAUCCAAAUACGGCAAGGGACGCACACUGCAUCUCUACUCCCAGCUGCACGUCACCUCUUCAGUUCUGGCUUGUUUUCUGCCUUCUCCAUCCUGGCCCAGGUGGUGUUGGCUGCUCUGAUUUUGCCGGCAAUGCCCUUUCUCCUAGUGAGUUGUCCUUCCCUUGUAUCCCUAGGUGACUCCAGCCCUGUAUCCAGCAGCAGGAGCGAGGAAGUGAGUGAUCCAACCGAGAGGGCAGCUGUGACCAUCCAGACUCACUAUCGUAAAUAUCACCAACACAAGCAUGGAAAGUAG